GCUGCACAUCUACCAUAGUAGCAUCGCUGUAGGCAUGUACAACAUUAUAUUAUAGUCACAUACGUCUGGGGGUUGAGCAUCAGUCACUGAGAUAGUUGGGAAUAUUAACAGAUUAAGACUCCAUGAUUUCAGUCACAUUAGGUAUCUUCAGAUUCAUGAAGUGUUUUUGACCAUGUCAUCAGAGCCUCACUUUUCCUGAUUGAUAUGAGGAAAGCAGGAGCUGGCCAGUGUAUUGGGAGUGUAUCUGCUGAUCUGUUAAUGAGAUUUAAUAACCGUGCUGACCUCCUGUGGGAUCCAUCAUACAGACCUCACCAAUCCCAGCAUCACAGAUGGACCCUCAUCGGUCUCUGUGGACAAACGUUCUCUGUAUAUAAGAGUCUCCACACCUGCUCCACACACACCAUAAAACCAGUACUGGUACGUAUGUGCAGAUACUGAACUGGUCCAACGGCUGCGUAAUGAUGGAAGCUGGCGUGUGGUUCAUGCUGCUGGGCGUGCUGCUGGUCAUGACUGAUAUGGGCCAGUCCAUUCCGAAAGAUGACAUGCUGGAGCAGAGCAAACUCCUGCUGGAAUCACGUGAGGAUGCAGACAGCGACAACAUGCUGGAGAGUCGAGGGGCCACUGAGGAGCAGAUGGAUCAUCUGCUGGAGGAUCGUCUUCUGGUGGAAAUGUUGCGCUCUUUACUUCACGGCUCUCAGAGAUACGAACGCAACCCUUCAGUCCUGCACCAGCCGCAGCGGUUUGGUCGGGGAGCUCGGAGCGGCUUGUCCACAGAGGAAAGGAUACAGUCUCGGGACUGGGAGACGGUUCCCGGACAGAUAUGGAGCAUGGCGGUGCCACAAAGAUUUGGCAAAAAAUAACACGAACCCAUCGUAAAAAACUGAAUGCGGUGUUUAGAGUCUUGUAAUUAUUAGAUCUAAUUCGUAUGUAAGCAUCUCAUUCAAGUUCUCCCAUUUUAGUAUCACUACUAAGCUCCAACAGAAUUGGUCGGUCUUCUGUGCAAUUGCAUCAAGGAUGGUAAUUGUAACACACUAAAACAAUAAUGUUUAAAUGUAGUAAUCAUAUUUCAUACGUUUUGUAUGAGUGGGAA